UUGACCAAGCCAGGGAAACGUUUUUCGGUGAGAAUGUGUUGCAUCAAGUCAGACUACUCCGCGUUACUUUCUCAAGAAAACGCGCACAUACACAAUGAAGCAAGCAUCUAACUGAUAUACAAAGCAAAGCACAGAAAAGUGGUAUCGUGCAAUAAUGGACAGAUGGAAAAAGUCCAGACGCAAACUAGCAGUGAAACACUGCAGCGCUGUAUCCCUGAUGCGUGCCGCGGAACAGGCAUAGAGUAUUAACUUUAUGUUCGCAGGCUGGGGCUCUGUGCUAGGAAACAUGAGAAGGGUGACAUAUUCAGCUUCUCGGGCUGAGAAUCGGAGGCCACUGAAUAAAGCAGAAAGGCGACCGCGGUUCGUGUGGUUUUAGCUCAGGAACUUAGAACGGGAGCAUGUGAGCAGGGAAUGGACAACUGGAAGCAGGAUUACAAACUACACCGAGAAGCAGGCGGGCUGCGGUACAGGAGACUCACCGGGACACCGGGACACCGGGGGCAGCAGCAGCUUCAAUAAAACGUCAAGUGCAACACUUUCGAGAAGACAGACAGAUUUUACGCAGCAGAUCAUACGGAGGAAUACCGAACCAAAGAUGAAUACUAUUGUGUUUAACAAAUUGAGUAACCAGGUCCUCUUCGAUGAGAAGGCGAAGGAGGCCGAGAGGAGCAGUAGAAAUUAUUUAGACGUAAUAGAUGGACAGCAUCCGGACCUUCAUCCAGACCUGCUAUCAAGCAACCACCAAGUUAUCAAAGACAACAACGGCAUCAGACACAGGAGGGGCCGUCAGAACGGUGGGAAGGUGCGACACAAGCGCCAGGCUCUACAGGACAUGGCUAGGCCUCUGAAGCAGUGGCUCUACAAACACAGGGACAACCCAUACCCCACUAAGACAGAGAAAAUCCUGCUGGCCCUCAGCUCUCAAAUGACCUUGGUCCAGGUGUCUAACUGGUUUGCCAACGCCAGGCGGCGGCUGAAGAACACAGUGAGACAGCCAGAUCUGAGCUGGGCGCUGCGCAUCAAACUCUACAACAAAUACGUCCAGGGCAACGCAGAGAGACUGAGCGUCAGCAGCGAUGACACCUGCUCAGAAGACGGGGACAACCCUCAGCGGAUGCAGACGAGCGGCGGCGAGUUCAGCAAGCCCAUGUACCAGAGCGUCAUCAAGAAGGAGGGUGCCACCAUGAUGGGGACGGGGCUCCGAGCCGCUGACGCCGCCUCAUUGGCCGAGGACUACGUGACUCCGCCUCCUAAGUACAAGAGCAGCUUGCUUCACCGGUACCUUAACGACUCGCUGAGACACGUGAUGGUGGCCAACGGCGUCAUGGACGCCAGGAAGAGGAACCACUCGGGAUCCUUCAGCUCCAACGAGUACGACGACGAUCUCCUCUCCCCGUCGUCCUCAGAAACCGAGGCAAACUUUGUUUAUCGAGCUGAAACCAUGGACCAUGGAUCAAGUAAAUGUGACAAUGGGGGUGUUCAGAAGGAGAAGGUACGGGGCAAAGAUGAGACGUACUGGAAGGAGAUCAAUGCAGCCAUGGCCUUGACUAACCUGGCGCAGGGAAAGGACCGCAGCGGAUCAGGGACGACCAGCUGCAUCAUCCAGAAGUCCUCUCAUAUAUCAGAAGUAAAGACUGUCAAAGUGCCUCUGGUGCAGAAGUACUAGCGCCUAUCACGGAGUCGUCUGUCUCCAACUCAUCUUCCCUUCUACUCUCUAUGCAACAUCAACCUUCCCUCUGAAAACUCACUCGGAAGAGACAGUCAAAAACAAGAAACAGGUACUCUCUGUUUUCCGUCUGUAAAAAUACAGCAGAACUGAAGACAUCCUAUUUCGUGUGUGGGUUGUGUUUUGACCUGCAUCACAUGCAUUAGACAGGUGUUGCCAUGAUCAUCGUUAACUGCAUUGUUCAGUUCUGAACGAGACACUUUUGUUAUGUUAACUUAUUUGAUGUAUCUGAAUUUCAUUUUUUUUUAUUUUUUUUAAUACUCCAAAAUUUGUAUUGUACUUUUGCCAAAGUGCCUUUUUGGGAAGCAAAGCAACACACCCGUUGUGGUUAAUAAUGUACAGAGUGCCUCUGGGAACAUAAAGGACUAUCUGAAGAGGCAAAAUAAUAUGGUCUUAUAAGCUUCUUCUGAAGGACUUCCUCCAUGAUAUGUGCCUUACAACGUGAAUGAAUUUAGCUGACCUUAAAUAACAUCUGUACUGUUCUAAUUUAUCAAGACACACACAAACACACAAAGCAGUGUGGGACUAAAUUAAACUAAACUAAACAGACAAUAACUGUGAAUAUAUAGAUAAAGUUCACUCCAGCCAAACACCUAGCACUUGAGGGUUAGAAUGGACAAGAUACCAGCAGAUCCAUUGUGCUGUCGUUAGUCACAACCACCAUCAUGUCUUCCACAGCUCGGCCUUGGGGUUUCAUUUCCGAGAGAGGAUGGAUCCUUAUCGAGGCUUUUAAACUGGAAAGCGCAAGCAAAUGUUGAACUAGCACCAGCAUACAGGCAUGCUCACGUGCACACACACGCAGGCUGACACACACGCAGGCAGACAAGCAGACAGGCGUGCAAACCCACACACUCACACUCGGUCGGGAGGUUUAGUCGGCUCAGUGCUGCAUCCGUUUAAGGGCCAUGAACUAAAGGGAUGUUUUUCUUUCUGUUAUCAGUGUAGUAUUAUAUGAAGUAAAGUGUUGCUCCCUUACAUGUUUUCCUUUAGAACAAGGUACGUCAACAGUGUAAAAAAGACUAGGAGGUCAAUUUAAUCCAACCCGGAUUGCAGUAUUUACGCAGUAGUUCUUUUUCCAAUGGUCAAAUGAAUUCGCAGACUGGUCUUGUCUUGGGUACUGUAUAAAAACCUACAACUACUAGCAGGGCGACCCCCCCCCCCCCCCCCAACCCCUCACACACAGGUCUGCUUUUCACAAUUAGAAGUGUGCGGGCAUGGGAUGGAUAUUGUACAUAAAGACACUGAGUAAACGUUGCUAAGGCGGGUUUGAUUGAAUCCCAGCCUAGCUCACCAUGCCGUUUAAUCCUACACUCACUCCUGCUUAGCUGUUCAGAAUCACAUUCAAAUUGCUGUUUACAAGAAGCCAGGGAGAGAGAGAGAGAGCAAGAGAGACUUGCUCAAAAAAUUACAAAUAAAUAGCCUUUUCAGUAUUAUCUCUUCGUCAGCCAGCAAAGCAAUUGUUCAAGUAUUUGUUAUUGAGAGUUUGUUUAUGGCAGUGGUUGUUCUGCUGUAUCAAAGUUUUCCUUAACCAUAACCCGUUGUGUUCCUUUUUUGACCGACUGGAAAGAAUCCUCCUUAAAUACUUAUAAAGUAUGUUAUUUACAUUGUAGCAACCCAAUGCCAAGUACACAACUGAGAGAAAUCAAGUUGGACUGUUAUAGUAACUAGUCGGCCAUUUUCUGCCGACUCACUAAUUGUAUGUAUAUCUUCAAGGUAAUGUUUGUGUCAAAAUCUACACUUUUUUAAAUUCUCUGUGCUGUUUGGGCCCAUUGUUUGACAACCUCGACUGUGCUUGUGGUCAAGGGGUGAUUGAGAAAAGCUGCACAAAGUUACUUUUAGCAAUGACUCUUAUUCUUGAAUGUGCAAACCGUUAAAAGCUGCACUUUAGACUCUCUGUUCUCCAAUAGAAAGAAACAGAAGAGAAGGCGUCAUUGAGAAAUUAUGAGAUUGAUUUGAAGGGGGAAAUAAUGUGUUGAGGCGUCAGAGGUACAGAACAGCCAUUGUUUUAGCUGUACAACCCUGUAGGGACACAGAACAGCCAUUGUUUUAGCUGUACAACCCUGUAGGGACACAGAACAGCCAUUGUUUUAGCUGUACACCCUGUAGGGACACAGAACAGCCAUUGUUUUAGCUGUACACCCUGUAGGGACACAGAACAGCCAUUGUUUUAGCUGUACAACCCUGUAGGGACACAGAACAGCCAUUGUUUUAGCUGUACACCCUGUAGGGACACAGAACAGCCAUUGUUUUAGCUGUACACCCUGCAGGGACACAGAACAGCCAUUGUUUUAGCUGUAUACCCUGUAGGGACACAGACCAGCCAUUGUUUUAGCUGUACACCCUGUAGGGACACAGAACAGCCAUUGUUUUAGCUGUACACCCUGUAGGGACACAGAACAGCCAUUGUUUUAGCUGUACAACCCUGUAGGGACACAGAACAGCCAUUGUUUUAGCUGUACACCCUGUAGGGACACAGAACAGCCAUUGUUUUAGCUGUACACCCUGUAGGGACACAGAACAGCCAUUGUUUUAGCUGUACACCCUGUAGGGACACAGAACAGCCAUUGUUUUAGCUGUACACCCUGUAGGGACACAGAACAGCCAUUGUUUUAGCUGUACACCCUGUAGGGACACAAAACAGCCAUUGUUUUAGCUGUACACCCUGUAGGGGCACAGAAUCAGCCAGCAAACUAAAUGUACCCCAAGGCUUCGGUCUAGUACUGUACCUUUUAUUUUCUGUGCAAAAACUCAUGUUUCAAACAGAUGCUGACAAACGGAAAGCAAUUAACUUUUGUCAUAUUUUAGAAAAUCUAUAAAUUAUUAAGGAUUGUAAAAAAAUAAGUUGGUGAGAAUAGUCUGUUUUUUUUAUUGUUAAGUUAUGAGUUAAAACAUUUUGAUAGAGACUGGAUUGUUAUCCAAUGACCAAAUGCAUAAUAUCUCAUUGUAUUGUCUGAUUUUGCUUUUAUGUGAACAUUUAUUUUGUUAAUCUAUGGUUACUUCCACAAAACAAUGAAUAAACCUUUGAAGAAAUUG